ACUAAUUACUUUCCCCUGGUUUAGGAAUUGAUGGCCCCGCUGCUUUCCUCGGCUCAGACGCCCCUGAUCUGGGAAUGAAAAUCCAAAUCUUAUCCGUGAGCCAACCCCAUUCUCAAUCCCAGUCUCAGUCCCCUCGGUCUCAGUGCAAGCCUCAGUCUCAGCCCCAGUCGCCCGCUGCAGAUGAAACGGAGAGAGACGGAGACACAGAGACUCUGCUCGAGCCCAAGACAAGCAUCCAUGAGAUGUUAGAGAAACAAGGUCUGUGUGGAAGCAUGAACUUUGAUGAAGCCAGCGAGCCCGAGGACGACACGGAGGAAGAGCGGACGCGGUCGCAGUCCUCUCACACAGACGCCACCAGGCCCGACUCGGCUGCUAGUGGCAAAGACAUUCCAGAAAUGGUCACUCCUGGAUCCCCCACAGCAGAAAGCCUGUUAGCAGAUAUCGCUGACCUAGAGGAGUUUGUGUUGCGCCCCGCGCCCCAAGGUGUCACUGUGAAAUGCCGCAUCACCCGAGAUAAGAAGGGCAUGGAUCGUGGCCUCUACCCCACCUAUUUCAUGCAUAUGGAAAGAGAGGAUGGCAAGCGGGUGUUCUUGCUGGCAGGAAGAAAAAGAAAGAAAAGUAAAACAUCUAACUACCUUAUUUCGGUGGAUGCCACUGAUCUGUCAAGAGAGGGGGAGAGCUUUAUAGGUAAACUAAGGUCCAACCUCAUGGGCACCAAAUUCACAGUGUACAACAGCGGCACCAACCCCUGUAAAAACCCCGGGACUCUGCUGGAAGAAAGCGACACCCGGCAGGAGCUGGCUGCCAUCUGCUAUGAAACCAAUGUGCUGGGGUUCAAAGGGCCGCGUAAAAUGACUGUAAUCAUCCCCAGCAUGAACAUGAACUUCGAGAGAGUCCCUGUCAGGCCUCAGAACGAGCAGGAGAGCCUCCUGAGCAGGUGGCAGAAUCACUCGCUGGAGAACCUGAUCGAGCUGCACAACAAGGCUCCGGUGUGGAACGACGACACCCAGUCCUACGUGCUCAACUUCCACGGCCGCGUAACACAGGCCUCCGUGAAAAACUUUCAAAUAGUUCACGACAACGACCCUGACUACAUCGUCAUGCAGUUUGGUAGAGUGGCCGAAGACAUCUUCACGCUGGACUACAACUACCCCAUGUGCGCCCUUCAAGCCUUCGCCAUCGGCCUGUCGAGCUUCGACAGCAAGUUGGCCUGUGAGUAGGAACAGGCCUUCUGCCGGCUCACCUUGUGUCCUGCGUGCCCCCACCUGGCUCCUUUUCUUUGUUUUUGCUUACUUGUGCAGUGUCACAUGGGUUGUUUGGCAGCAUGUUGUAAUUGUAAAAAUGUGUGCACCUUUAAAAAGGGAAAAGCAAAGCUCUUGGUUCAUGGCUGCUGGAGACAGUUGCCUCUAGUACACCAAGAGAUAAAAGAAGUGAUGUCAUGUUUGUGACCUUGUUUG